UAAACACGCAGCUGUGCAACACAUAAUGUGUCCGGGCUGUAGCUCUAAGACUUUCAUGGUGUAGUAAUGCAGAGUUGGCCGUGUUUAGAAGCAGUUGGUCGUUCUUCAGAGCUCCACCAUGUCCGGAGCGUUAGCCAGGCUGCUCUUCUACCCGACUCUGGCCUACAAUGUUGUCAUGGAGAAGGUUUCCUCCAGGAGGUGGUUCGACCGGGUGGACGAGACGGUCAUCCUGGGGGCGCUGCCGUUCAGGUCCAUGACCAAACAGCUGGUGGAGACAGAAAAUGUCCGGGGAGUUGUCACCAUGAAUGAAACGUAUGAAACCAAAUAUUUCUGCAACUCGGCCGAGGAGUGGCGACAUGCAGGCGUGGAGCAGCUGAGGCUGAGCACCGUGGACCUGACCGGAGUCCCCAGCCUGCAGAACCUCCAUCAGGGGGUGGAGUUCGCCCUKCAGCACAGGUUGCAGGGGACCAGCGUCUACGUCCACUGCAAGGCAGGCCGUUCCCGCAGCGCCACGCUGGUCGCUGCGUACCUCAUCCGGGUCAGUACG